AUGCGGAACCACGCUUCACAGAAAGAUUUUGAGUGGGUCUACACUAAUCAGCUGCACAAGGAUCGACGUCGGGAGAUCUUGGCAAAAUAUCCAGAGAUAAAAUCCUUGAUGAAACCUGACCCCAACCUCAUCUGGAUCAUAACUCUGAUGGUUCUCAUCCAGCUGGCUUCAUUUUACUUAGUGAAAGACCUAGAAUGGAAAUGGGUCAUAUUUUGGGCCUUUGUCUUUGGUGGCACCAUUAACCACUCAAUGACUCUGGGGAUCCAUGAGAUUUCUCACAAUUUCUUAUUUGGCCACCACAGGGCACUGUGGAACAGAUGGUUUGGAAUAUUUGCUAACCUCCCUUUGGGAGUUCCAUAUUCGAUUUCCUUUAAGAGAUACCACAUGGAUCACCAUCGAUACCUCGGAGUUGGUGGCCUUGAUGUGGACAUUCCUACCGAUUUUGAGGCCUGGUUCUUCUGCACCACAUUCAGGAAGCUGGCCUGGGUUAUAUUUCAGCCUCUCUUUGUGAUUUUCCGACCUCUAUUUAUCAACCCAAAACCAGUUUCUCAUCUGGAAAUCAUCAAUGCUGUGGCUCAGAUCAUUUUUGACAUUAUAGUUUACUAUGUUUUUGGAAUUAAAUCUUUAGUCUACAUGUUGGCAGCCUCCCUGCUUGGCCUGGGUUUGCACCCAAUUUCUGGGCAUUUUAUAGCCGAACAUUGCAUGUUCCUAAAGGGACAUGAAACAUACUCAUAUUAUGGGCCUCUGAAUUUCCUGACCUUCAAUGUGGGCUACCAUAAUGAACACCAUGACUUCCCCAACAUUCCUGGGAAAAACCUGCCGCUGGUGAGGAAAAUAGUAGCUGAAUACUAUGAUACUCCCCAUCACUACUCCUGGAUCAAAGUACUGUAUGAUUUUGUGAUGGAUGACACACUGAGUCCCUACUCCAGAGUGAAGAGGCUUCAGAGAGGGAAAUAGCUUUUGAAGUAACACUAUCAGAGCCAAAGCAAAUUCUGCAAAGAUUUUAAAGGGCUGAGAAUGUGGAUUUUUUUUCCUUGUUAAAACUAAGAUCAGUGAUGCUCAGAAGCUGCCCCAGAAGAAUUCUCUCUCCAUAACAUCAAGAAGCUGUUCUGGUUCCCUGUCAGUCUGACUCUGUCACAGAGCUCAACUGUGUGCUUGUCCAAUUACCAUCCCUGAGAGACUGUUCACCCUUGUCUGUCAUUUUGCAAGCAUAUUAUAAACCUGCCCAUUUCUCUUGUAGGGUUUCUGUCACAACGUUUUACUUUAAAAAUAGCUAGUGAUCUAAGGUAUUAAUGUAUACAUAUCUAUUGCUUUUCCUGUAGUUUUCUUUCUUAUUACAUAUGGUUGCAUGGGUAAUGGUGGAAACUUAUUUUAAAUUUUCCAUUCAAAACAGUUUUUUUUUUCCAGUACUUUCUGAGAAGGCCAGGCAAGUACCAUGGCAGGCUGCUAAUAACUCAGUUAAGAACUAGGCCUCACUUCCUGCCUCUUGAAACUGAAUAGGCAUUUCUGAAGAAGCCACAUACAAAGGGCAAUCAAUCACAAACAGACCUGACAGCAAGGAGAGGGGAACUGCACAUUCCAGGUCUGAGUCAGCCCCACAGUAGCGUAAGGGAA